AUGGAUUGGGAUGAGCCCAUCUCGGAAGAACUGCUGGAGAAGUGGACGAACAGCUCCGAUUUGAAAGAUGUCGAGGCCCAUUUAUUCGUGGAUGCGAGCGAAGUGGCUUGUGCGGCUGUUCUGUACCUUCGGUACGGGAAUAACGGUAACCCCAAGUGUGCCCUGGUAGCAGCGAAAAUGAAAGUUGCUCCACUGAAACCACUUUCCGUACCUCGCCUGGAGCUUCAAGCAGCGAUGCUCGGAACAAGAUUGAUGGACUCUGUGUUGCGAUCCCUGGAUAUCCGAGUAACCGAGCGUUUUGUUUGGACAGACUCGUCUACUGUGCUCAGCUGGUUACGGUCUGAUAGCCGACGCUACCAUCAAUUUGUGGCUUUCCGUGUGGGGGAGAUCCUCACUUCAACUAGUUUGGAUGAGUGGCACUACGUGCCAUCCAAAUUAAACAAUGCCAACACUGCCACGAAAUGGAAAGGCGGACCUAGCUUCGAUCCGACGAACACUUGGUUCACCGCACCGGAAUUCCUACGUGAGGCGCGAGAUCAGUGGCCGUUACAACCUGCGCUGAAUAGAACAGAAACAGAAGCUGAACUACGAUCCGUAUUUCUGUUUCAUGGUACCGUAUCUGAACCACUGCUGGACGUUUCCAGAUUCUCCAACUGGUAUCGCUUACUUAGGGCAGCGGCGUAUGUACUUCGGGCAGUGCAAAGAUUCAAGGGUAAAAAGGCCUUACAAACGGCCUUCCUAGUGAAAAAAGAGCUUGUGGAAGCAGAAAUCUUGAUAUGGCGACAGGUACAAGCUGAAUCGUAUCCAGACGAGUGCGCAAUUCUACGGCGUAACUUAACAGAACCUUCAAAAUCAAUAACGAUCCCUAAGUCCAGUCCUCUGUAUCGGCUAUCAGCCUUCAUAGAUGAGUCCGGCGUUGUCCGGAUGAACAGCAGAAUCGCUGCACAGCCAACUGUGUCCUACGAUACGAAGUAUCCGAUUCUGCUACCCAGAAAGCAUCAUGCUGUUUACCUUCUGACGGAAAGCUAUCAUCGACGAUAUCAGCAUGGGAAUGGAGAAACCGUAUGUAAUGAGAUGCGUCAACGGUUCCAUGUGCCAGGACUACGAGUUCUGAUCCGCCGGGUAUCAAAGCAGUGUUUAACCUGUCGUGUUAAGAAAGCUGUACCUCAUCCUCCUAUGAUGGCUGCUCUACCGGAAACUCGUGUAACAGGAAUGAUCAGACCAUUUACGCACACUGGGGUUGAUUAUUUCGGACCGAUGCUGGUUAAACAAGGAAGAUGCUUGGUCAAACGGUGGGUAGCGUUAUUCACAUGCCUCACGGUGCGCGCUGUACACCUGGAGAUAGUUCACAGUCUCUCUACCCAGUCAUGCAUCCAGGACAUCCAUGAGGACUGUGCGGUAACAUUCACCAACACCAAUACAAGCUGGAUUUUCAACCCGCCGUUGGCGCUACAUAUGGGUAUUCAUGGUGCAUGGUGCGUUCCAUCAAGGCGGCUAUGUUCGAUAUUGCUGGACAUCCUCACCGUCCUAGCGAUGAAGUCUUCGAGACAGUAG